AUGUUCACCGCCCAACUUCUCUUCCUCGUUCUCCUUGUCAUCUCCUGCACGCUCAUGGUUCAGGGACUCAACGCACUCGACGAACAAGCUGAAGGAGGAGCCGGAGGACAGCAACACGUCGUCGGCUACGGAUCUUUCAACAAUGGACCACAUGGAAAGUAG